GAUGGCGGGCGGGAUGAAUUUCGCGCGCGGGACAAAAUCAUUACAUUCGCUCAUGCUCUGUGCGCCCCUCGCGGAUGCUGCGUACUGGACCUGUUAGCUCUGACGUCUCCGAUAACAACCAAAGUAUCUAAUUAAACCAUGUUGUGCAUUUAACGCUCCAUUAACAAAAAACAAUAGCACGUUAUCUACCUACGACAAAUCGUUUCCCCUAAGCUCUAUAACACUUCAAACCACAUGACGCGCCAAUAUGGUAUUCUCAGUGAAACGGUUCAGAACGAGAUUGAAAACAAAAGGCUUCUACUAUCUGAGAUGCGGCGCGAAAACUGCAACUUUCGUGUUUUGGGCGGCACUCUACAUGGCGGUGAUGAAAAUGACAAUAUUCAAAACCAGUGUAAAUACGCCAAUAGUACGAGAACCUGACAAUUACACAAAGUGGCUGUUGCAGGGCCCAGUUUUAGGUGAUGACGAAACAGAUACAGAAGUGUCCGAAGAAGAAUGGGCAGAGCCAGAUAACGCUACGAUAGUUGAACUAGAGAAGCGUAAGGACAGAGUCAAGAAUGUUUGUCGAUUGCAUGCCAUCAACACCAAAGUAAUCAACAGUAAAGAAUUCCUCGUGGAUCACGUGCAUAGUCUAGUCUGGUGCAAUAUUUUCAAAGCUGCCAGCACAUAUUGGCUGUACAAAUUCAAUAUUUUGGGAGGAUACGACAGAAAAUUCUUAGCAAAGACAAGAAAAAUGCCGCUCAUAUUAGCAAGAAAGAAGUUUCCUCGGCCGAGCGAAGAAGAAUUGAGGGACGCAAUCAACACGCCAGGUGUUAUAUCGCUCAUAGUCGUUAGAGACCCUUUCGUAAGACUUCUAUCGGCGUAUAGGGACAAACUGGAACACUACACACCGCCCUUCUACAGAAAACUAGCAGGGACAAUAGUUGCAGAACACAGAGACAAAGCCACAAAGAUUUUCGGACCAAUAAAAAGUAUCGGACCCACUUUUUACGAAUUUAUCGCAUAUUUGACCAGUAAAAAAAAUAGGAUGAAUUUUGAUGAACAUUGGAAACCGUACUACCAGUUUUGUACGCCGUGCGGUGUAAAUUUUAGUGUUGUGGCAAAAGUGGAAACUCUGUCGAGGGACUCUGCGUAUGUGAUACAGCAGUUGGGGUUAGGGCCCGUGCUGGGGAAAAAAGUGAGUGACGAGAAAACCCGGCUUCGUAUCUAUUUAAACAAGUCGAAGGAUGGGCGGAACACAACGGCCUUAUUGAAGCAUUACUACAGUCAGAUUGACAACAAGAUGCUUGAUGAUUUGUUAAAAAUAUAUGGAUUAGAUUUUGAAAUGUUUGGAUAUGAUGCAAAAGUUUAUAGGACAUAUGUUAGAAAAUAA